GGGAUCCUUUUCAAGUAGCUCAGUUGUGAUUUGCUGAAUUCGUAGACUUUUCCCCUUAAAAUCGCAGCCCUCGCUCGUUCUCGCUCACUCUUCGCCUUUCCCCACCCCCGGUUUCGUUACUUUUUCUCUGGGAAGGUAACUUGCGGCUGCUUCUCGACAGCAGCAGCUACUCGGUGUGCACGUCAGCUGCAGUCUGGUCCCCAGUGCCUUGUCCUGACACCAUGAGUUUGGAGGCUGAUGAACCCAAGGAAGUGGCCACAGAUGUCUUCAACUCCAAAAGCCUGGCCAUUCAGGCCCAGAAGAAGAUCCUUGGAAAAAUGGUAUCCAAAUCCAUAGCAACUACUUUGAUUGAUGAUACAAGCAGUGAUGUUUUAGAUGAGCUCUACAGAGUGACAAAGGAAUAUACACAAAAUAAAAAGGAAGCAGAGAAAAUAAUCAAAAACCUCAUUAAGAUAGUCCUCAAGUUGGCAAUUCUUUACAGGAACAACCAAUUUAAUCAAGAUGAAAUAGCAUUGAUGGAGAAAUUCAAGAAGAAAGUUCACCAGCUGGCUAAGACUGUGGUCAGUUUCCAUCAGGUGGAUUACACCUUUGACAGGAAUUUUUUGUCCAAACUGUUAAAUGACUGUAGAGAACUGCUUCAUGAAAUCAUUCAGCGUCACCUAACUGCGAAGUCACAUGGACGUGUCAACAAUGUGUUUGAUCACUUCUCUGAUUGUGAAUUUUUGGCUGCCUUGUACAAUCCCUUUGGACCUUAUAAACUCCAUUUGCAGAAACUUUGUGAUGGCGUCAACAAAAUGCUAGAUGAGGGAAACAUAUAAGUACGUGUAUUUAAGUUGGUUGCCUAUGCAUUAUUUUGUAGAUGGAACACUGUUGAUUUAUGAAGGAAUAAGGGAGCAUGUGAAACAGGUUUUUUACCUUACGAAAAAUACUUCCAAAUUAUCUUUAUUAAAUUGAUUCCUUAUUAUGAGCUAUUUGUUGCUAUUCGCAGUCUACCUGGAAGAAUACUGCACAUGCCUUUUUUUUUACUGUGCUUUGCCUACAGAAAUAGCUGGAUAACAGCAAUUAAAAACAAUGGUCCAAGUAGAGUGAGUCUUGCAAGAUAGAUACGUAAAACAAUACGCUAUCAGACAAUCCAUAUCUUUCAUAGACUUAUAGAAUUAUUUCUAAACUACCAGAGUCCAGGAAUGUUGGUAACAGAUUACUAUGGUGAUGGUACACUCUAUAAUUUCUUUGACUUGUAAAAUAUGUUUGAGUCACUUAUAGUCUUUAAUGCUCUCUGCACAGAUCACAGCUUCCUAGUGUUGCCCUUAUGAAACAUUCAGUUUUAAAUAAUCAGUGAUGCCAUCACUUAGGGUAUUAACUGGCUUGUUCAUCUCCAGCUCAGUAGUGAAAACCUCCUGUCUGCAAGGAAGGAUCUGUCAAGUCUAGAUCCUCACAGAUCUGCACAGAUGCUUGCUUCCUUUGAUUAUAUGGGGAUUAUUUAGGAAUAAGCUACAGUAAGAUAGCCUAACUUGGGAAGCAUAUUCCAUACAAAACACUUGCGGUAUGUGGUUUUAACUCUGCCUAUGAUGAGGUAAAACGUAGUGACAUAUCUGUGCAAUUCCUUAAGGUAUUUAGAAUCCUGCUAAUAGAAUCACAGAAUCAGUCACUUGGUUUGGAAGGCUCAUGAUCCUUUUUUGAAAAGGUGCAAGUCAGUCUGUUUUAUACACUAGGCUGAUGUGUAUGAUGAUGUGAAUUCAGAAAUCUUGAUAACCUGAAAAUAAAUUCCAAGCUAAUUCGCUUUGUGUACUAUGAAACUAGAAAUAGAAAUUAGUUUUAUUGUUGUGUUAUAUACUAUUUAACUAAUAGAAAAGUUGAAUCUUUUAAUGAUUUUUUUUUUCUCCUUCUUCCCACCUACCUUUUGUCCUUUUUCUUCCUCAUUCCUGCCUUACCCUUGGGGAUAAAAAAAAUGUGACUUUAUAGACACUGUAAUGUACUUAAAAAGCAUGAAGUUAAUACAUUUCAAACACCCAAAGACUUUUUGUUAGGAUGCAUAUAAAGAAUUUGCUGUUUAUUUAAUUGCCAGUGUUUUUGCUGUUUGGUGUGUCCUUUUGUUUUAAUGAGUAAACCAAAGAAUAUUUGCACUCUGAA